CACGGUGAACGUGUGUCCGUUGUCUCGGUGAAAGCCGGUGACCGCGGAUCCUGCUGCUCUUUAACAACCUUUAAAAUGAUGUUCAGCUGAAAUAAAAGAAAAACCCGGAUCAUCUGAGAUUCAAAGAUGAUGGAGACGUCAAACAGCCAGUACGACUCCUUCCUCUUCUGGAGGCAGCCAAUCCCGGCCCUCGACCUGUCUGAGCUGGAGGACCUGGGUUUGACUGACAGCCAGCCGGCCAAUAGCAGCAAAGGAAAAGACAAGACGUCCAAACCAAGGAGUCAGGAUGAGGAGGCUGAGCUGGUGGAGUUUUCCUCCUUUAAUUACUGGAGAGCUCCCAUCGCUGACGUGGACGCUCUGCUGGCCGACCUCAACCUGCUGCUCUGAGACCAGCAUCACCUGACCUCUGAUCUGGAUCAGUCUCUGCAGACCCCCCCCCCCCCCACCAUUUUUCUUUUUCAGGAAACUCACCAAAAUAAGAGUCUGAUUCCGUACUCAGGUCUGCAGAGACUGGUCCUGAGUCAGAUCAGACGCCCUCAGCUCUGUGUUCACUCCCUGAUCAUCUGUGUGAGUGUGUCAGUGAAAAGGUUGUAAACUGAGAGGUUUGUCUGCAUGUGUCUCGAUCAGCUGUUAAACCAGAUCUGCAUGUCAGCUGAUCUUCAGAGUGUUUACACUGGAAUAAGAUUCUGAUCUAGCUCAGAGUUUGAACUGACAGCUUUCCCGUUUGAACCUCGUCCAUUUGAUUGUCCCCUCCUGUUUGUUAACGAGGUGGACGGACGAUUAGAAACACGACAUUGUUGUGUUGUAUGAAGGUGAAAACAUUCACAAAAGAGACGCAUUUGGAGGCUUUAUCCUGUAACCGUGAGAAGAGGUAACAAUCUCGUUAGAACUGGAACGCUUCAGAACCUGCUGCUUCAGGGCAGCUACAUACGAGCUAACCGCUGUAGCUCUUCACCAUCACGUUCAUCAAUAAAUUAGAAUGAUCAGAAAAAGUUUCCCUGAUGUUAGAAGAUCAGUGAGUGUGUACACGAUGUUACUUCUACAACAACCACGUGUUUAUUCUGUAAACAGUGGUCAUCACACACUGUGUGGAACUCUGGGAAGUGUGGUUCAGAAACAAACCUGCAGUGACCACCUCUCACCAGAGGUGUCGCUAGAGAGAGCAGAAGUUUCUGUGAAAGUUUCCAUCUGUUCACACGCGUGAAGACUUUUAAUGUUUAAUGUUGAUACUUCAGCUCAUUUAUGUCAUAAUCAAACCAGAAUAAUAAACCAUCCACGUUACUCAGUGACGUUAAUAUCACUCACUGUCUCAAACCCAGGAAAUAAGCCAUGAUGCCUCUGUCGUCUGACACAGUGAUGACUGAUAACCACUGACCUUUAACCUUUGACCUGAAUUAUGAGAUCAGAACCUCCUACUUACAAGAUAACGUCUCCAAAGGUAAAGCACCUUGUAGUAUUUAUCAUUUAUGCUCAUGUUGUUUAAGUUGAAUCAGAGUUUAUUUCAGAUAUUUGAGGAAUGUUUAUUGUGUCCUGUUGUGUCAUAGAAAUAAUUGUUUUCUUUCUUAAGUUAGAAAGUGUUGAGGUGGUGAGGCAGGAGCUUUCUUCUGGUUUCCAUCUGUGCCUUUGUGUUUGCUUUGAUCAUGCUGUGCGUCGUGAACGCUCACCGUCCGUCCUGCUUCCCUGCGAUCAGGCGUCAGACUCUCCUAAUGUCCUGUGCACCCAGUCAACAAUAAAAGAAAACAACCUUUGUGU